AUGGGUCGAAUGGAGAAAUUGAUCGAAACGGGUCCAGACGAGCGCACACCGACCACUCUCAACGAGUCACUUCUCGGGAGUUUGGUCCGGCAAAUUGGGGACAGACCGGUGGCCAUCAUCUCUAUUUGUGGGAAAAUUCGGCACGGGAAAACUUUCCUCAGCAAUGUUUAUCUCGACACUUUGCGACGAGGACGAUUUCCUUAUCGAAGCGAUGACGACAUUAUUGGUGGCCCAACGGGAAACCCUUUCCGAAACAUCGACGACACGGAUACUCAGGGAGUCCAAGUGUGGAACGAAGUUCUUUCCUAUCAAAACGAACAAGGCGAAGAGUUGGCCGUUUUGCUCAUCGAUUGCCAGGGAACAUUCGACAUUCGAAACACGACUCCGUUCUUCGUCGUGCUUUUCAUCAACACGCUGCUGCUUUCGUCGGACUUGGUGCUGAACUUUUCGCAACAAGUCGACGGUCACGAUCUCUCGUCACUUCAAGAAUUCAUCGCUUACGCGCAACAAGAUCGUGGAAGAAUUGGACAAAAUCUGAUGAUUUUAAUCCGAGACGCGAGACGAGCGCGAAAAUUCGACGAACAAUACUUGAACAGUCAUUUGCGAAGCGUCGAAAUUGGACGCAAAUUGGAUGAAACUUUUGAAAAAGUCGAAUGUUGGACAGCGCCACGCCCCGAUGCCGCUGUUCACAAUGGGGAUAUUUCUGUCAGAGUUGGAGAUUGUGGACGCGAUUUCAUCAAUUCCCUAUGCGAACUCGUCAACCAUCAACUCGACAAUCUCAGGGGGAAAACUUUCUGCGGCGCGCCGGUCACUGGUGCAACAUUCGACCCAUUUGUGAGGAACAUCGUCGAACAGGUCAAAGCCAACACACCGGCGGACAUAAAAAACGGUUUUGAGGCAAAUAUGGCGUUGUUCAACGAGCGCGCGGUAAACGUCGGAAAAGAGACUUUCGAGGAGAGAGUUUCCAAAUACAACGGAAAAGUGAUCACCGUGGAGAGUUUUGCCAAGAUCAUCGAGGAGAGCCGACGAAUCGCCCUCAACGCUUACAAGGAAUGUGUCCGCUUCGGCACGUCGGCAGACAAGCGGAAAGCGAAGAAAGAGUUCGUCGAAUGGCUUGAGAAGAGAAUCGACGAGUUGAAGCAAGAAAACCAAAAGAAGUACGAGCUGAAAGAAAAAGAGAAAAUUUGCGAUGAACUUUUGCAGGAUUUUAAAGCCACGCCAUUUGACUUCAAAGGAGGCGCUUUGGGCUUUGCAAAGCAAUAUUGCGAGCUGUACAACGCGACAAAGGAGCAAUAUGAUAAAGCAACCGAGGCUUUUACAUUGACGCAAGAGGAUGAGAAAUGGGACGAUUUGAAGAAGAAAAUCGAGGAACACAUUGGAAAUGAAGAGAAAACGCUCGUUGAGGCACAGCUGGGUGCGUUGAAGAAACAAUUGAAAGAGUUGGGCAAUUGGAAAGGAAUUCUUUAUGCAACCGAGGCUUUUACAUUGACGCAAGAGGAUAAGAAAUGGGACGAUUUGAAGAAGAAAAUCGAGAAAAAAGCGAGCAAAGCGUUUGUCAAAGUUGCAAAGGAACACAUUGGAAAUGAAGAGAAAACGCUCGUUGAGGCACAGCUGGAUGCGUUGAAGAAACAAUUGAAAGAGUCUCUCAAAAACGUCUCCACCGAGUCGGAUGUGAAGGAAAAGGCCAACGCUGUGCUCGAUAAGCACCAAAAAAAGUUGGAGGCGGCUGUGACUAAAUGGAAGACUGACUUCACUUCGGGUUUAAUACAAGCAAACAAUCAUCUCAGCAAGCACUCUCUUCACGGAUUGCCCGUUGCAGAGAUUCAAAAUGAUGUGAACGGGAUUUGCGGAAGGAAGGAAACGGAGGAAAAACUUAUGGCAUGCACCAAAAAAUGUCGGCAAACGUCAAUCCAAAAACUCAAAGAAGAAGAGCAAAAAAGGAGAAUCAAGAAAGCUGAAGAAGACGCUAAAGCAGCCCGCGAAGAGGCGCGACGCGCCCGCGAUCGCUCACCGGUGAUUGUGCGCGUGGAAACGCCAUCUCAGUCCACCUCAACACCAAGCACUUCACCACCGGGUGGCGGUUGGACUUGUCGUCCACCCACCCCACCAUCUCCGCGGAAUAUAUUGACGGACAUUAUUGAUAUCUUUCUACCACGACCAACACGACCAACCCUUCCGCGGCCAUACGAUCUA